AUACAAAGAGUCGAUGACGUUUCUGCGAAUUUUAUUAAUAUACCAUCUGAGCAGGUUUCAUCAAGAGUCGCGUGUAAUUGAUAGCUUUUUUUUCCUUAAAUAUAUUCGAAAAAUGAAUAGAAGAUCAAGGAUCGUAGGAAGAAUCGCGGAAACAAGGAGAUAUUCAGGUCAUUUGUGGAUACCGACUUAUUUAAAUAUGAUGAUAUAUUCUGUCGACCGAAUCGUAUUAAUUGCCAACAUCCUUUUAGAAAUUAUAAAAUUUUUUUAGCGUUGAUUUUGAACGGUUAAACACAACUUAUUUAAAUCCCUCGUGUGACGCAAGACGUACAAAUUUAUCGAUUUGGAAAGAAUGUGGAAAAGCAAGUUUGGAUCGGGGCCAUAAUUAAGAAACUGUGACUUAGUGUGUUGUCGCUUCGAGCCCUUCACUAGAAGGGAACAUGAGCUACUUGUCUCGGUGAAUGCCAUGGGAUUCAAGGUCGCGGUACGAUUCGGUGAAGGAUUUUUCGUUGGUCCGUCGUUAUCCCUUCCUGCUCCUGAAAACCAUUUGUCUCUUUCUACCGUAGAAUACAUUAAGCAACCGGUCGCGCGGUCGAUCACGAACGAACCAAAGAAGUGCAGUGAGCAACCAUACCAAAUCGAUACCAAAAGAAGAAGUUUAGCUCGAGCGAGGGAGGGAAGGACAAGGUGAAAGGGAGAACUUUUUUUCGCGAGAAUGUGACGUGGGUGCGCGGACGGGGCGGGAGACUGAAAAGUAAACGAGAAGACAGAGAACCGCAGGGUGGUGUACCACGGAGGGGUGAUUGUGUGCGUGUCUGUGUGUGAAAAGGUCAGCGAAAUAAAUCGGUCCACACGGUGACGAGUGAAAGUAGAACGGGCAAGCAGUCGGGCAAGAUGAUGAAGAAGGAGAAACCGAUGAUGUCGGUGAGGGCCAUCAUCGAGGGAACUCAGGCCCAUUGGACACGUGGCAACACCUGGCUGAGUUUGGACAACAGCAAUAUGUCGAUGUCGUCGGUGGGCCCGCAGAGUCCUCUCGACAUGAAGCCCGACACGGCCCUUAUCAAUCCGGGAAACUUCAGCCCAUCGGGUCCCAACAGUCCAGGCAACCUCCUGAGUACAUCGCCCAGCGGUCAGAGCAAAUCGGUCACGCCUUAUCCGCCUAAUCAUCCGCUGUCGGGCAGCAAACACCUGUGUUCGAUCUGCGGAGAUCGUGCGAGCGGUAAACACUACGGUGUUUAUAGCUGCGAGGGAUGCAAGGGAUUCUUCAAGAGGACCGUGCGUAAGGAUCUGUCGUAUGCCUGCCGCGAGGAGAAGUCCUGCAUCAUCGACAAACGGCAGAGAAAUCGCUGCCAGUACUGCCGGUACCAGAAGUGCCUGGCGAUGGGGAUGAAAAGGGAGGCGGUGCAAGAGGAGCGUCAGCGCACUAAGGAGCGAGAUCAGAGCGAGGUGGAGAGUACGAGCAGUUUGCACACGGACAUGCCGAUCGAGCGUAUCCUCGAGGCGGAGAAACGGGUCGAGUGUAAGAUAGAGCAGGGAAAUUACGAGAAUGCACAUCUUUGCGCCGCGAGUACCGAACAAAUGUACCAGCUAGUGACAUGGGCGAAACACAUCCCGCACUUUACGUCGCUGCCGCUGGAGGAUCAGGUGCUUCUGCUCAGGGCCGGCUGGAACGAGCUGCUAAUAGCCGCCUUCUCCCACCGUUCCAUCGAGGUGAAGGACGGCAUCGCUCUGGCAGUGGGCAACACGGUGUAUCGAAAUUCGGCGCAACAGGCGGGCGUGGCCACGAUAUUCGAUCGCGUGCUCUCGGAACUCGUGUCGAAGAUGCGCGAAAUGAAAAUGGACAGGACCGAACUCGGGUGUCUUAGAUCUAUUAUCCUCUUCAAUCCCGAUGUGCGAGGCCUCAAGUCCGUCCAGGAGGUCAACCUGUUGCGCGAGAAGAUCUACGCCGCUCUGGAGGAAUACACUCGCGUAACCUACCCGGAUGACCCCGGUAGAUUCGCCAAACUGCUGCUUCGCCUGCCAUCCAUCCGUUCGAUCGGUCUUAAGUGCCUGGAGCACCUAUUUUUCUUCAAGAUAAUCGGCAACGGGUCGAUCGAUAACUACAUCUUGCAAAUAUUGGAGACACCAUCGGAUCCUUAGGAGCAGAAGGUGUGCCGCGUUCUGGGGCACACCGAUAUGUAA